CCUGCCCCCAGUCCAGGCAGGUAUAAGGCCACCUCCGCAGGCCAGGACAACCCAGAAGCAAAAGAGAAGAGCCACCAUGUCCUCCUGGAGCAGACAGCGACCCAAAAGCCCAGGAGACAUUCAACCCCAUCUUUCUAGAACUCUGUCCCUGCUGCUGCUGUUGGCAGCCUCAGCCUGGGGGGUCGCCUUGAGCCCCAAAGACUGCCAGGUGUUCCGCUCAGACCAUGGCAGCUCCAUCUCCUGUCAACCACCUGCCGAAAUCCCCAGCUACCUGCCAGCCGACACCGUGCACCUGGCCGUGGAGUUCUUCAACCUCACCCACCUGCCAGCCAACCUCCUCCAGGGCGCCUCUAAGCUCCAAGAAUUGCACCUCUCCAGCAACGGGCUGGAAAGCCUCUCGCCCGAAUUCCUGCGGCCAGUGCCGCGGCUGAGGGUGCUGGAUCUAACCCGAAACGCCCUGACCGGGCUGCCCCCGGGCCUCUUCCAGGCCUCAGCCGCCCUGGACACCCUGGUGUUGAAAGAAAACCAGCUGGAGGUCCUGGAGGCCUCGUGGCUGCACGGCCUGAAAGCCCUGGGGCAUCUGGGUCUGUCUGGGAACCGCCUCCGGAAACUGCCCCCUGGGCUGCUGGCCAACUUCACCCUCCUGCGCACCCUUGACCUUGGGGAGAACCAGUUGGAGACCUUGCCACCUGACCUCCUGAGGGGUCCGCUGCAAUUAGAACGGCUACAUCUAGAAGGCAACAAAUUGCAAGUACUGGGAAAGGAUCUCCUCUUGCCCCAGCCGGAUCUUCGCUACCUUUUCCUGAACGGCAACAAGCUGGCCAGGGUGGCAGCCGGUGCUUUCCAGGGUCUGCGGCAGCUGGACAUGCUGGACCUCUCCAAUAACUCGCUGGCCAGCGUGCCCGAGGGGCUCUGGGCAUCCCUAGGGCAGCCAAAUCGGGACAUGCGGGAUGGCUUUGACAUCUCCGGCAACCCCUGGAUCUGUGACCAGAACCUGAGCGACCUCUAUCGUUGGCUUCAGGGCCAAAAAGACAAGAUGUUUUCCCAGAACGACACGCGCUGUGCUGGGCCUGAAGCCGUGAAGGGCCAGACGCUCCUGGCAGUGGCCGAGUCCCAGUGAGACCGGGGGCUGGGGUUGAGGGUGGGGGUCUGGUAGAACACGGAAACCCACUUAGCAAAUAAUCUUGCCUUUGGCUGGGCGCAGCGGCUCACACCUGUAAUCUCAGCACUUUGGGAGGCCGAGA